AUGUUAGAUGAAGCUAAUCAUUUUCAUCCGAAUAUUAAAUUAGUUCGUCAAAUUGGUACAAGUCUUUCAUUUUUGGAUGUAUUUAUUGAAAAUAAGAAUGGUAUACUUGUCACAUCAGUUUAUCAUAAAGAAGCAGCUGAACCAUAUAUUGUUCCAUUCAAAUCAGAUCAUCCACGACAUGUUUUUCGCAAUAUUAUCGAAGGUGCUCUUCUUCGUGCCAUACGUUAUUCUUCAACAUUAGAUAUAUUCAAUCAAGAACGACGUACGAUUCAACUUAUGUUACUUUAUAAUGGCUAUCCACCGAGGUUCAUUUAUACUCGAUUCAAAGAGUUUCUUUCGCAGUAUAUAUCAUCUUCAUCCUCCUUCUAUUUGCUUAUACCAUCAUGUAUCGAAACAGAAAUUCAAUUUUCUACUAUGCGUACUAAAGUAUUGCAACAGAAAACUGACGCUGAACAUCAGUUACUCUAUAGAGUUGCUACAAUUACUGACAAUGAACAGGAUGAACAAGCAAAAGACAAGUUCAAUCAGAUAAAACAACAAAAAGAAGACAAAUGGGAUAAAUGUGUAAUUGUUCAUUAUAAACAUGAACAACGUUUUGCUACAUAUAAAAGAGACUUUCAUCAACUAUGGAAUGAUCUAUUCAAUGGAACACCAAUUCUAAAUACAAAACUCAUUGUUGGCAAUCGAAAUAACCUCAACACCAAAGAGGAACUAGUAUCCAAACGACCAGUUAUGUUAUCAACUACAAAGAACAAAUAUCCAUAA